AUCGGUGUCUGCCAGAGAUUUUCAACAUACAAGCGUUCAAUCCAGUGCCAUAUGAGUUUCACUUUGAGAUGCUGGUUCGAGGUCCCUGUCUGUUAGCUGGAGUGGAGAGUCCUACUCACGCAUUGAGGGCUGAUGCGGAUCCUGGUGCUAGAUCUGCCUCUACAACAUACAUCACCCUGGCAGAAUCACAUCAGUAUGAUAGGAACCUCGAAAUUAUUUUACACCCAAGCGAGCCUCAUGUACCACAUGUUAUACUGGAGGAAGGCAGUAUGAGUUUCAAGGAGUAUGAACAGCAGAUUAGAAGCAGACGGGACUUCAGUAGAGUAGUGAAGAAGGAUUCCAGCUUUGACAAGAAGGUUGAAUUUGUCCGGAAGCGCUUUCACAAAGAUAUUGCAUUCAAUCCUGUGCUGAUGCUCAACUUCUGCCCUGAUCUCCAAAGUAUUGCAACAGAGUUUGGACACGUUACCAGAGAAAUCAUAUUCCUCAUUGACAGAAGUGGCAGUAUGAGCGGCAUUCAUAUCGAAAAAAUAAAAGAAGCAAUGCUAGUUGCUGUUAAAAGUUUACCGCCUGGGACAUUACUGAACAUAAUUGGUUUUGGCUCCAAUGUGAAGACUCUCUUUUCAUCCAGUCGAAUAUGCAAUGAUGACACCCUCUCACUGGCCUGUGAAUAUAUCCAAAGGAUGAGGGCAGACAUGGGGGGCACCAACAUCCUUGGGGCUUUGUCUUGGAUCUUCAACCAGACAGUGCAACGUGGCUACCCUCGCCAGCUCUUCAUUUUAACCGAUGGUUCUAUGGGCAACACUGCAAAAAUCAUCGAGUUAGUCCGAAAAAAUGCAAGUUCUAUAAGGUGUUUCAGCUAUGGUCUGGGUCCCAAUGCCUGUAAACGCUUGCUGCAUGGAGUUGCAAAGGUCACUGGUGGAACGGUCGAAUUUUUCAAAGAAGGGGAGAGACUGCAGCCAAAGUUAAUAAAAUCAUUAAAGAAGGCAAUUGAGCCAGUAAUGAGUGAUAUCACCAUCGAAUGGUAUCUUCCUGAUACUUUAGAAGUUCUUCUUUCUCCAACUGAGAUUGGACCUCUAUACCCAGGGGAACAUCUGAUUAGCUAUGGAGUGCUUUUUGACCUCUCUGGGUUCCAGAGGAAAAAGAAUACGGUCAAGCCACACAGUCCCAAAGCUCCAUCCAGGGGGUCUACGAGCUCUGUUUUUCAAACUCAAGAGGACCCUCCAACACCAACCACUUCCGAUAGCAUCAAAUCACCUCUCCUUAAAGAAAAUAAUGGCAUUGAGGAGGCACUGAAAGAGAUUUCACGGGAAAUUUCUUUGGAAUUUUCAGGUGGAAACGCUGAAGAAAAUGAAAAAUAUUUUGAGACUGAUCCGCUCCAUAACAUACGAAAGCGUAUCUAUCAUCCUUCAUAUAUCCAUGAGCAGUACACACUGACUCACUGCUCUGUCAGCAGUGAGCGUGGAAUCCCCACAACUACCCAUGGCUCAAACAGCAGUGACUCCACAGAACCUCAUGACAUGGAAUCUGCAUCACUCCCGCAUGGUUUGGAAAGCAUCACUGAGCAGGGACAGAAGAGUUUGCUGCGGUGGGAAUUGACAAGGAAACCAUUCUCAUUGCCUACCUCUGAAAUGGUUAUUAGUAAAAACUUUGCUGGAAUUGAUCCUUCUGCAGACGAGUCAAGGAAAAAGAGAAAAGUGAUGGCACAAGCUGCUCUGUCCAAUCGGAGCUUCUCCUCUCCAAACGGCCAAUUGGACAUGCAUCACCUACACCGGGCUUUGGAAAAGGUAUCUACUGACCGGGAGAAUCUGAAUCAGUCUCUUGGAGGAAGAAUCAACGAAUGUGGAUCCCAGCAAUUUCAGACCAACAGUUUAUCAAGGAAGAGCCUCACCGAUUCUAGCAGUCUAUCAUUCCAAGCAUCCACUCCAGAUUGGGACACGUUCUUUGAUCCUGAGAGCCUAUUCUCCCCAGUGAUCUCUGAGGAGCUAAGUGUGACUGAAACCGACAGUGUACCUGCAAUGCACUGUAAAUCAGUGAUCUACGGCUUAAUUUGUGGAAAGCCGGUCACCUGGGAUGUAACUACCAGCCUUACUUCUCUCUACGGUGCAUCAAUUCAGGAAGAACCAAUGCAGAAUGAAGAGAAUGUAUGGAAAGAGAUUCUUCAUCAGUUAGCUGCUCAAUCAGUCAUCAAAGACUUUGAAAACAUGGCAGAAAAAGAAAGUGAGAUUGAAUAUGGAUCAUCCAAAAUAUAUCGUUUGAAAGCCAUUCAAACCAGCAAAGCAUGUAAUUGUGUGUCCACAUACACGACUACCAUCCCAGUGGACACCAGCACACAAGAUUGUUUAUCAUCGUUUGUGGAAGUGCGAAACACAGGAGUUAAAUUGAACCAGAAACGAGGUUCAGGCUCAGGAAGCAGACGCCAGAGAAGUUAUUCCAUGGGUCUGGGUCGAAGGUGUUCCAGCCAUGACUCUGAGGGCCUGGAUGAUUCUUACAUUUCCACAGGAAAGGAAGAUAGUGCAACUUCACCGACCAGCAUUGGCUCAUCUUCUUCUGGAUGGGAACGUCAGAGUGCACUAGAUGGAAGUGCAAGGAGCUCAUCUAUAGUAUUUCCUCGGUCACAGAAAGCAGUGGAAAAUCUCUUUCGAUCCAGGAUUAAUCUGGGUUGGUCGAAAAUUCUCAACCACACAGGAAAAUCGAUACUACUAAAACCCACUUGUCUGUCGAGCAAGCUUGACACCUCACCUACAGAAGAGAUCGCAGACUAUCUGCCAUUGGUGCAGCUUCAGUUGGCAUCUGGAGCUUUUGUUUUGAACAAAGCCUUUUCUGAAGCUCUUAAGAUCCCACUUGAUCGAAUAAAGAGGGCCUCGCCAUUCUCAUCUCAUCGAGUGAGCAUCAGCCUACUCUCACGCUGCGUGUCACUGCAAACAGGGGGUAGCAAACCAGAACCGCUCCUUAUGAGAGGCAUCUCAGCCCCUAGUGGAAGCGAGUUGCAGUUUCAAGGUAGUAAGGGGAAUGUUCAGUCAGUGCAUCGAAAAAAACAAAGAUAUCUUGAAGAAAGCACAAAGGGUUCUAAAAAGAUGGCAUGGCCACUGUUGGAGAGUGACUUUGAUGGUACUGAUGUAACGUCACAUGACAUAGCCACGAGCAGCCCCGAGAAUCUGAGUAUUACCUUUCAACAAACUGAUAGCGGGAGGGGCUCAGAGACCGACCUGUGCGAAAACUCUCCAGUCUCCUCUGAAGCCAGCAAUGCCUUCUGUGAGCCAGCGAAUGACCUGGACCCUCAGGAUGAGGACUUAGAAGGGAUGGGCUGGGCGACUGCAGUGGCACUGGGCUGGUUGGAGCAUCAGUGCGCCAGUUAUUUUGUGGAGUGGGAGCUCAUUGCUGCCAAGGCAGAUUCAUGGCUCCAGGCACAACACCUUCCUGAAGGAGUAAAUAUGGGUGGAUUGAAAGUUGCAGCUAGACAGCUCUUCUUGUUGCUACGUCAUUGGAAUGAGAAUAUUAAACUCAACAUGUUGUGUUAUAACCCAAAUAAUAUGUAAAUACAGGAAAAUUUAUGUACUUUAUGAUAUAAGCUAGAUUUUA